CGCGGCUGUAUAAGGCUCCUAGGAAGCCUUGCAUUCCCGAAUCUCAUCUUUUUGUGCAUUCUUGGCUCACCACCACAUCCAUUUCUUCGUGCGUUCUUGGCACAAUAUCUCAUUUCUCUUCGUGCUCUCUUGGCUCAAACACCACAGUCUUGGUUGAGAGACAGACACCAUGAGCCGGGUCUGCCAGACCGAUGGCUCCUUCGGGCCAGGCAUUGGCUCCUGCAGAGGCGGCUUCGACUUCACCCUGACCUUUGAGGACUCCAUAUUGAGUCUACUCCCCCAAGUCGCGUUUCUCCUGCUGGCUCCCUUGCGCUUCAAUACUCUCCGCCGGCGGAAAAACAGAGUCGCCAAGAACUCCCAUCUCGGGUUCCUCAAAAUCGUUACCUCCAUUCUCUAUACCGCCUCUUCCAUCAUCCUCUUGGUACUAUGGAGCGAGAUCGAGAGUUACAAGACUAAAAUGUCCAUUGCCGCGAACUCAUUCCAAUUCCUGUCCUCGUUGGCAAUCGUUACACUAUCCCACCUCGAACAUACGAGGGCCGUCAGACCGAGUCAUCUGCUCCAGUUUUUCUUGCUAGUCUUGCUUAUAUGCGAUGCAGUGCGGUUACGCACUCUGUUUCUGAUGGAAUAUCCGACUAGCUUGGUGACAUCAGCGUCGAUCCAUACCUUUCUAACCGGCCUCCUGUUACUCCUUGAGUCUCUCGACAAAAGGGAGUUGUUCUACUCGGAUCGAGACAAGGCUCUCCCGCCUGAGGAAACCAUCGGGCUGUUUGGCCAGAGACUCUUCUGGUUCCUCAACGGCCUGUUUCUAGAUGGAUAUCGUAAGGUUCUGAAGCCUAGCGACCUUUUUGAUGUUGACCAAGAUCUUGCUUCCGAGGAGAUUCGAGUUUUAUUCAGCCAAGCAUGGAGCAAGCAAGACAAAACGCGGAAAGCCCCUCUUUCGCGUGUCAUUUUCCAUGUCCUGUGGUUUGACCUCGUUCUUCCGAUGAUUCCACGACUCCUUCAAAUCGGCACUACUCUGUCCCAGCCAUAUCUCAUCUCCGCAAUGAUCAAAUUCAUUCAAUCUGGGCCACCAGAGAGUAAGAAUGAUGGCUAUGGAUUGAUUGCAGCUUUUGCUCUCAACUACGCUUUCCUAGCAGUCUUCACCUCCUGGCAUACUCAAAGCGUUGCUCGGUUUGCUGUCAAAUUACGCGGCUGCCUCAUAUCCCUCAUAUACGAGAGGACUCUCGACCUUGACUCUAAGGAGGUCAACCUAGGCUCUGCAACCGUGCUGAUGAACGUAGAUGUAGAAAAAGUCCUAGCUGCGGUCAGAUUCAUGCACGAGUUCUGGGCCCAGACAAUUAGUUGCGGUGUUGCACUCUACAUCCUGUACACUCGUCUCGGUGCCCCUUUUGUGUCCCCUCUUGUCACGAUUUUGAUUGCAACUGCUAUAUCUUCCUGGGUCGGAAAAAGAAUGAAGGCCCGAAGUAGCGACUGGGUUGCUGCCACUGAAAGACGCGUAACCUCGAUCGCCUACGCCACUGGUGCCAUCAAAGGUAUUAGGAUGCUCGGACUCUCGGACACGGUGCUGAAAUCCUUGACUGCGCUCCGAGAAGCUGAGGUUGAGAGACACAGAUCUGUGCGAAAGUUGUCGGUCUGGGUCACCGUCAUCUCUAACGUUAUGUUUCAAUUGACAACACUGUCGACCUACGUUACCUUUGCAGUCGUUUCCUUAUUUGGCGGGCGCAGUCUGGAUGUUCAACUACUCUUUGGGUCUUUAUCAGCUUUGAAGUUGGUGACCACUCCAUUGACGGGCAUGUUGCAGAUUAUCACGAGCUUCCAAGGUGGCGUUGCGUCCCUGGAGCGAAUUCAAACAUAUUUGAAGAGCGACGUGCUUGAAAAGCCUACGUAUACUUAUCGUGUCAAGAACGCGACCAGGAUUGAAUUGCAACCAAUUCAAGGCAAGCGGUCCCAUACAUCCAGUUCAUCGGAGGCCCUUAGGAUCACGCACGGCGUUUUUGAGAUCGAGCAGAAUAAGCCGAUCCUGUCCGACAUCAACCUUACUAUUCCAGUAAGCUCCUUUACAAUGAUUAUUGGAAAAGUCGCAUCGGGCAAGUCCGUUCUUCUCCGCUCUAUGCUCGGGGAGACAACCGUGGUUGAGGGAUCCGUCGCGAAGUCUUUCUCUGGCGGCAUGGCUUUCUGCGAUCAGUCCACUUGGCUAAGGAACAUUACCCUGCGGGAAAACAUCAUUGGGGAAGACACAGUUGACAAUGCCUGGUACUCCUCCGUGACGUGGGCUUGUGGAUUGCAAAAAGAUUUCACAGAGCUGAAAAUGGGCGACUUAACGAGAAUUGGAUCAAAAGGAGGAUCACUCUCGGGCGGCCAAAGAAACCGAAUAUCUCUGGCGCGGGCCUUGUAUGCGAGAAAACCAACCAUUAUCAUCGACGACAUCCUGUCCGGCCUUGACAAUACGACCGAGAGACUCGUUUUUAAUCGUGUGUUCGGCCCAAAGGGUCUUUUAAGAAAGUCGCGCACUACAGUUGUACUGGCAACACAUUCGACGCAUUUUGCACAACAGGCUGACAAGAUCGUCGUCAUGUCCGCUGGUCGAAUUGUCGAUCAAGGGAUCUACGCGGAAUUAGCAUCACGCAAAAUUCCAUUUCACGCCUUUGAUGCCGUUUCUGAUAUAGGUAGUGGCUCAUCCGAAGAGGUGAAGACAGUCGAAGAAGAUGAAAAGGUCCUUGCAACGGUAGAUGCCACUAGCUUACCUGACGAAGGCCAGGAAGACAGCACAGACAGGCGUUCUGGUGAUAUGCGGAGUAUGCUAUUCUUCCUAUCUGCAGUUGGCAAAGUUCAAGUCAGCAUAUACUUUGCUCUCUUAGCAUGCGAGACCGUAUCUACGACAAUGCAGAACAUCUACCUCAAGAUCUGGGCUGAGUCUGAUACUUCCACGCGAAGCUCGAUGGUCCGGCAUCUAUACACCUUCAUUGGCGUAACAAUUCUCAAUAUUGGGGUCAUUGGAAUUUGGUUAACCCACUUUACUCUCUGGUUCACACCACAGAUGAGUCUCGUCUUGCAUAGCAGACAGCUUUACGCUCUCAUGAUGGCGAAAUUCUCAAUUCUAGUAUCGACUGAUACGGGAAAUGUGACGAAUAGGUUCAGCCAGGAUAUAGUCCUGGUGGACAACCAGCUGCAAGGCUCCUGGAUUAACGCCACCAGCUGCGCUUUUCUAAUUCUCUCAAACGUAAUUAUUUUGUGUUUGGCUACGCCACAGGUCGCAGCCUGUAUUCCAUUCCUCUGCGCCGCUUCAUACUUGAUCCAGCGAGUCUACUUGCGCACUUCGCGUCAAAUCAGACUUAUGGACUUGGAAGCUAAGGCCCCUCUCUGUACUCACUUCUUGGAGACGCUUGCAGGCAUCGUCACAAUCCGCUCGUUUGGUUGGCCUGACGACUACCGGCGUAAGAACAAGGUCCAUCUUGAUCAAUCGCAAAUACCCUUCUACUUGUUAUUCGCGAUUCAAAAUUGGCUAAAUCUUGUUUUGGAGCUUAUGGUAGCUGGACUUAUCACUAUCCUUGUUGGUCUUGGUGUAUCGCUCCGAAGCAAGGUUGAUGCCGGCUAUCUUGGUCUAGCUUUGAUUGGAACUAUGGAUCUUGGCUUUUUCAUCCGCCUGCUGGUAAUAAGUUGGACAGAUCUCGAAACGUCAUUAAGCGCCGUUGCACGAAUACGUCAUUUUUCAAAGACUCCUUCCGAACACCAGGAUCGAGUCACAUCAGAUCCUCCCACAGGAUGGCCUCUCACGGGAUCUGUUCAAUUCAAGAGCCUCGUUGCAAGCUACACCGAAGAAGGAAAGUCUGUUCUACAUGGUGUAGAUUUGGACAUCAAGGCUGGGGAGAAGAUUGGACUCUGCGGGCGCACUGGUAGCGGCAAAUCCAGUCUCGUCGCAACGCUAUUUGGUCUCCUGCACCAUCAAUCCGGAAGUCUCCUCAUUGACGGUGUCUCUACAGAUAGUGUAGCUCUAGAUGUACUUCGCUCGAAAGUCACAGCACUACCGCAAGAACCAUUCUUCCUCCGGGGGAAUGUCAGGCAUAAUCUAGACCCCUGGCAGCACUCGGCGCAAAGACUUCCGGUAUCAGACCAAGAGAUGAAGCUCGCUUUAAAGCGAGUCGAGCUGUGGGACAAACUCAGCAACGCGGCGGAGCCAGGCCAAACUGCCCUAGACGUUUCGCUGGAUCACGUUGAUUCGUUACUGAGCCAAGGCGAGCGCCAGCUGUUUUGCCUCGCGAGGGCUAUUUUGAUGGUUGGAAAGAUUGUGGUAUUGGAUGAAGCAACGAGCAGUGUCGACGCAGCCACAGAUCGCCUUAUGCAGGAAAUUCUCCGCUCUGCGUUUGCUGACCGCACGAUUAUCGCUAUCGCCCAUCGUCUCGAUACUAUUCUGGAUUUCGACCGCGUCGUGGUGAUGGAUUCGGGGAGGAUUGCGGAGAUCGGAGCGCCAAGCAAACUACUGAAGACGGAGGGGAGUCUCUUCAAAGCUCUAGUAGAGAGCCAGGGGAAGCAUUGAACGUAGAGGAGGCUUCAAUGAGAUGGAGAUAGCCUCUUGUUUCUUGGUGACUUCUUCACUCAACGAUUUUGUAGGGAGUGGUCUUUGACAUAGAUUCUUUUCGUCUAAUGAAUCAAUCCGGCUUUAUCGAGUG